GCUUCCUUUUUUCCCCGCACCAGUGCGCCCCAGUAGCAGUAGUGGGGUGACUCAAGAUCAUAGCGUGCCAACAUCGCGCGUGCUCCGGGCGUUCCUUUCGCGGAACAGAGAGGAGAUCGCGGCUCGCACCGAUCACCAGCUCCCUUGGCCACACGCCCACACGACCUAGGACAAUGCAGCGAUCGGAUAGAGGGCGGCACAUGUAGAAGAAGAAGCAUUUCAAACAUGGACAAGCCUGCUUCCACUUCCGUCGCGUCUUCGACGACUCGUCGGUCGUUGGGCGAGAAACUGAUGGGGACCCCUUCAAAGCAGCAAUACCGCUCAGGGCCAGGCGAGGACCAGACGAUCGACGAAAGUGAGCGCGAGCGAUGGCUCAUCACUGUAUAUGUCCGAAUUGUGCCCAAGGACGUCUGGAUCAGGACCAAAAUCGAUGUGAGGAGCAGCAUGGGAGCCGUCAAGGACAAGAUCUUGGCAAAGGUCAAGUUGCCUUCGUAUGACCCGACACUCAAUCAUAGCUUCUACGAAAACGUGAAUGCCUCAAGGGCGGGCUCGAUGCCCAAGGCCUUUGUUGCGCGAUCGCCGACCCAGACACUUACGAACACGUCCUCAACUCACCUCUCCGCGCCAGAUCUACUGGGCGACAAUUGGGCUUCCCCGAGCAAGCCGGGCAAGGGCAAAGUCAAGGACAGGUACGCCACGGCGACGGAUCUCUUGGGCGGCGAUCCUGGCAGAGGUGGGCGAGGCAGAUUUGGUAUUGUGACGCUGGCAGGCCAAGGGCAUCUUGAGAGCAUGCCAUCGUCGCCCUCCUUUGGGGUGAAGUCCGUCACCCCUGCGAGUUCAUCGUCUUCUACUCAUGCGGCGACACCCAAGAAUACGCCCUUGUCCCACAGAGUAGCUCGGACACGAACGGGCAUGUCCUCGCUCAAUGCAAUCAUCGAUGGCGGCGGCAGCAGCAACCUCAACGGUCGUGCCAUCUCUACCGAGGCAAAAGCGUCGAGCGCAGACCAUGGCAGAAGCACAAUGCCUCUUUCUGAUGCUCAAAUGCCGCCGCAAGCAGAUGCUCCAAAACUUGCUCUCCAGGAUGGGGGGCGUAACGAAAAUACGGAGGCGGAGGAGACAUCCUACCUGGAUUACUUUGAUGAAAGAGACGUACUAAAGGGCAACCAGGAGGCAUUGCGAAAGGAGCAGGAAGCCAUGGCAGUUCUCAGUCCCACGCUCAGCGCGACGAACUCUUCGUCUUCGGCAGGCGAUGUGCCUCUCUUCCGUGCCAUCAGCUCCUGGUCCGAUACCAACGUGAACCGGCCAGCUAGAGAGCCAAGGGACAGUCUCGAUAGCGAACAUCACUUGGACGCACCGCUAUUUACUGUGCGGCCUCAGACUCCCACAGACGCGGUUGGCGCAAACCAGGCCAACCUCUCCGUCGAGAGCUUGAUCUCUGAAGAGAAAGAUCCUAGCGGGCGUCUGAACGCUCCGUCUCGCGCAUCGGAAAGGGAACGGUCUGGUACCGUCACGGCGGCAGACGUGGCCAUGCAGCGGCAGCUUUCUGACUCACUGGCCACGCCCAAACUCAGCAACCACGUUGCUUCAAGUCCUUCCAAGAUCAAUUCUACUCCGAGCAGCAUGAGGCAAAUAACACGGCUGGCCGGCGUCAAUCUCGACGAAAUCUCCAAGGCUAAUGAUAAGCUACAGCAUCCCAUGUCCGGCCACUUUUGCCUCUACUCUUACUCGAGCGGUCAGCUGCUCAAGGACCACCUCACCGUGGCCAGCUACCGAAUCCGGCCAUUUGAGCUGCUGGAGGUACAGCUGGCCACUCCUCAGGAUCGCAUCUACCUCCCUCGAUCGAGGUCCCGAGUUCCGCCUCGACAGCCAUUGCCAAAUCCGACGACGAACCUCCGUUACCUCGAACCCUUUUGCGAGGGCUAUUGCUACGUAUUCAAGCCUGGAAGUGGGUCCAACAAGGCCAUCAAGGCCGGCCUAGGCGUGUGGAAGCUGCGAUGGAUGUCGAUUCGAGGACGUCAGCUCUACAUGCAUCGCAGCAAACCGCUUCGUCCGGUGGACGGCGAACCGACUGCCGAGCUCGACUCUUGGCCAUUGUCGAGCGCCAGAUGGGUGGCUUCGGAGCGUGCAGACGGCGUGACGCUGCCCAGGCUGAAAUUGCAGUCUAGUCCAGACAUUAUCACCAUCGCCUUUGGCUCAUCGCAAAACGAUGAUCCUUACUCGGUUGCGCAGACAUUGUCGAUGCGCUGCAUCACCCAUCUCGACUUCAGCGCCUUCUUCCACGCUCUAGCAAGGAGCUACCUCUUGUACGCAUACAGCCAUCGAGGGGAGGUCGAGAGCACGGCCCUAGUCGCAGAGUGGAGAAGGCGGGCUCUGGCCAGAGCUACGAUUGCGGGGCAGGGUGGCACGGUUCUGCCCGGUAGAGCAGGUCGCCGUGGUGGGCGCAAUGCACUGUCAAGGCCUCGAUUGCGUCCUCCAGGCGUCAAGCGCGACUUCGACAAUGCCGAUAGAUGGAGCAGCGCGAGUGAAGACGAGUCAAUCCAGACCCGCGAAGGCUUCAGAGGGUUCAGCUAUGGUCUCAUGAAGAAGGUUGAGCCUAGGCAACGACAAAGGCCGGUCACACUGCCGGGCGAGGGAAUUGAGGUGGGCGGACUGCGACGGCGUUCGCCGACGCAGGCUCAGCCUCAAAGAUGGGACCAGACGUCUUCGGCCCCCGCGACAGAGGGUCGAGAUGGCCGGGAGAAAUUGUCGAUGAGGUCCCGCGGCUUGUCUUUUGCUCAGGCAGCUCGAGAUGCCUUUAUUCCGGACAGCCGCAAAAAGGCAGCAGCGCCAGAAACGCCCACGACAAGGCAAUGGCGAAACUCUGGCACCGUCAUUGGCUCGCCCACCAAUUCGGAACGUGAUUCCGCCACUACCUCGCUGAAUACGCCAGCAACGCGCAGCGAAAGGGCCGAGAAGAGCGAAGCAUCGAGCAGCAGCCACGGACGCUCGAGGGCACACACGGUAGGUGUCGCCUCGCGUGGGCUAGGCGAACAACACCUCGAAGCAGCGAGCUCCUUUAGUGCCCUGUCCUCCAAGGCCAGCGUUCCUUCCUUUGCGGCCUCCAAUUCCAGCGCUCGUACCACCACCAAUCCCUCCUUUUCCACUUCAACGAGGGCCGCCUUGCUCCGAAGCCUCCGACCAGGCAGCAAGGCUGGUCCGAGAUAAGUCCGUGUAUCGACAAUCAUCCGUACUGUUGCCCUCUGCAAUCUGUUUCUUUAAUGAAUACCAUCUCAACU